UGUUUAGAGGCCCUGCCCAGAGCCCUCAGGUUGGGGAGAUGAAUUAUUGAGGGGAAUCUGAGAGGCACAGAAGCCAUGGAGUGUGGAGGGGUGAUGGGCACAGGGGCCCCUUUGGGCCAGGGCCCCUCAGCCCCCGCAGCCCUCGCUGACAACCCGCAGGCCCGGUUGACCGUGGUGGUGGAAGUAGAGAGGACAAGAUCUGGCCCCAAGGAGACCUGCUUCCCUACGCUCCUUCUUGAGGGGGCCAAGAGCAUCCGCCUACUUCAGCCUGAGCCUCUGGAGUGUCAGGAACAAUGCAUCACCUUUGAUAGAGUCCUGGGUUCUGAUGCUGCUCAGGAGGCAGAGCAGGAGCUGCUAGCACGAGUCCGGCCCACUCUGGGCUCUGUGAGCCGAGGGUACAGUGUGGCCCUGCUGCUUCGGGGUCGGGAAACGGAGGCGCCCCGGCUCGUGCCUCAGCUGCUACAGGUGCUGUUUGAAGAAGCUCUGCCCCUCAGGGGCUCUGAUGCUGUGCUUAGCACUCUUAGCCUAGUUCAGCUCAGCGCCAACAGGAGGAUCCGGGAUUUACUGACUCCAGGGGCAGGGAACCUAUCCGUGCUGGAUGUGGCUCCUCUGGGCUUGGUGGUGGAAAAUGCCAGUGAAGUGGAGGUAUCGGACUCAAGAGCUGCCUCAGAGCUGUACUUGCGGGCUGCAUGUGGAGAAGGCAGGAGCUGCUCUCUGCUCACUGUCACCAUGUCCUGCCUGGCGCCUGACCCUUCUGAGGGGCCUGGGACCCAGGGGAUGUGGCAAGGAGCCUUGCGGAUCCUGCAGCUUCCAGGAGAAGUAGACUGUCCCCUGCUGCAGGUACUAGCUGGCAACGUGGCUGGUGAAGAGGUGGAGGGCUCUCUGACCUGGAUUGUCUCAUGGCUUCUGGAAGGAAACAACUACAGUGGCCUUCUUCUUCGCCUGGAUCCUCAAGGCAGCCCCCUGAGCUUGUUCCAGUCUGCUUUGUUGGGGGCCGCAGGAAGGAGGAGGAAGGUGAAACACGUGAGGCCCACCCUGUGGGACGCAGUAGAAGAGGCCCGGGCCCGCCGAGCUGGUCUGAAGAGCCUGCGAUCAGGCCUCCUUAGGGACGCCCUGACAGACAGUGGGCUCAGCCAGCUGGGCAGGGCGCUGCGGGAGCUGCAUGUGGUAAAAGCCUGGAGCCAGCGCUGGGGAAGCUGGAUGCUCAAAGCAGUCAAAACUGAGGCUGCGGGGUUCCCAGAACCACAGGUACAUCUUCUCAUCCAAAUUCUUGGGAGCCCUAUUGACGUCUGCUGCCUUAUUCUGUAUAUAGCACACUGUAAGGCAGCCCUUCCUUCCUUCAUUAAUGUUCUCAUUCUCAAACAUUUAGAUGUUUUGGACUUUGCCUUGAAGGUCAAGGGAAGCCGCAAGGAUGACAAUACUGCUCCCACUUUUCAGCAAACGGAAACUCAGAGAAGUGAUGUGACACAUUCAACAGCAAGCCCCAGCCCAGGUCUCCAGAAGGAGCCUCAAGUGGCAGGAAGAACAGCAUCUAUAGGACCUGAUCUCCACCAAAUGCAUCCACUCAGGGACUCUGAGGAACAGGCCCAGCAGGCCCCGGAUGUGGCCCUACACUUCUUCUUGGCUCAGGCCCAGAGACACAGACUGCGAGAACAGCACCAAGCGUGGAUCCAAGAGGAGGUGAAACAUAUGGAACAGGAGGAAGAGGUGGUGGCGGGUGACCAGGCCAAAGGCCUGCUGGCUGAAGAGGACUCCAAGGAGAGGCAGAGAUGGCACCGGGAGCAGACAGUGCUGAGAUGUCAGCUGGAGGCCCUUAAGGCAGAACGGGACGCCGCAGAGCAGGACCUGACAGCCCUCUAUGACCUACACGUGCAGGCUGCCCGGGCUCAGACACGCCAUGUGCUGCAGGUAUUUCGAGCCUGGCAGGGCCUCUGCGAGGAGGAGGCCAUGACCACAGAGCAUCACUACCGCAGCCUGCUGGCCGGCAUCUUGCAAGACUCCAUCAGCUUGGCCACACAGAACCAGGAGCUCCAAGCCCAGAAUAAGCAACUUCGGCAGACCGGGCUGGCAGAGGUUGUACUGGAUACCUGCCCUGAGGAGAAAUCUGGUGAUCAGGAAUCCAACAGGGGCACUUUCUUCUCUCCUCAUUUGUAAAAGUCCUAGAAGGGAGAGGAAGUUGGGACACAACAGCCAAGCUUACCUCUACUAGAUAAAUAAUCACAUCACUAACCAGGGCGCAUUGUGCCAGUCCCUGCUAAACGCCUAAUAUCCCUUAUAUGAUUUAGAGAUUUCCACUACCCUAUAUGGAGAUGCAGGAGACAUGGGCUCCAUCCCUGGGGGUCAGGAAGAUCCCCUGGAGUAGGAAAUGACACAAAGGAGCC